AUGUCGACCAACUUUCGCGACCGCGCCAUCGCAGAGGUGCAAAAGGCCAUCACGGCCGACCACAACAAGGAGUACCAAAAGGCCUUCGACCUCUACAUGUCCUCCAUGGAACUCUGGGUCAAGGCGCUCAAGUGGGAGAAGAAUAAGGCUCUCAAAGUUACCAUGCAGGAGAAGAUGGCCACCUACCUCGACCGCGCAGAGAAGCUCAAGCAAUUCCUCGCCAACGAGAACGAUCCCAGCGCAAAUGGCAAUGGCAAGUCCGCUAUGGGCGCUAACGGUGCCUCCACUAGCAAGGGCAAGCCUGCAGCAGGCGAGGACGACGAUAGCAAAAAGUUGCGCAACGCAUUGUCGGGUGCCAUUCUCCAAGAGAGGCCCAACGUGCGGUGGGAAGAUAUCGCUGGUCUUGAGGGCGCCAAGGAGACGUUAAAGGAGGCUGUUGUGCUGCCCAUCAAGUUCCCCAGUCUGUUCCAGGGCAAGCGACAGGCAUGGAAGGGUAUCCUGCUGUACGGUCCUCCAGGUACAGGUAAAAGUUACCUUGCCAAGGCUGUUGCGACAGAAGCGAACAGUACAUUUUUCAGUAUCAGCAGUUCCGAUCUGGUCAGCAAAUGGAUGGGUGAGAGUGAAAGAUUGGUCAAGCUCCUCUUCUCCAUGGCGCGCGAAAAUAAGCCUUCGGUUAUCUUUAUCGACGAGAUCGAUGCCCUGUGCGGUCCCCGUGGUGAGGGCGAGUCCGAGGCUUCACGUCGUAUAAAGACCGAGAUCCUGGUUCAAAUGGACGGUGUGGGCAACGACAGCAAGGGUAUUUUAGUUCUGGGAGCCACCAAUAUUCCCUGGCAACUCGAUGCUGCUAUUCGACGACGAUUCCAGCGUCGUGUGCAUAUUGGUCUUCCCGACCAAAAUGGACGAGCACGCAUGUUUAAGCUGGCCAUUGGCGACACCGACACUGCUCUCGUGGCGAGCGAUUACAACGUUCUUGCUUCCAAAUCGGAAGGAAUGUCUGGUAGUGAUAUCGCCAACGUGGUUAUGAAAGAUGGUAAGCGCAUGUUGACGCCUUGCUCGCCCGGCGACCCAGAAAAGAUUGAGAUGACGUACGACGACGUUUCAUCAGAGGAACUACUGGCUCCAGACGUGCAGCUCAAGGACUUUGAAAUGGCGCUCGACGACUCGCAUCCAACUGUCUCCAAGGACGAUAUCGCAAGGCAGAUCGAGUGGACCAACGAGUUUGGUAGCGAAGCUUCAAGACACUGGUCAAUUAGUGUAGGAGUCUCGUACGAGAUCAAGAGAAGGUUCCCCUGCAAGAUUUGA